CCCGCCGGGCACGGAACCCGCAUCCCAGAGCCGUCGGUGGCUCAGGUCCCCGAGCCCCAGCAGGGAGCUCUGGAGGGUACCGGUGUGGCGGAGCCGGAGGCGGCCGGGAGGUGAAGAGCGGCUGCGUGCCGGAAGGAGCAGCAGGGCGGCGUGCCUGCGAUGGAGCGCGCGGUGGAGCCCUGGGGUCCAGAUCUCCAUGGCCCGGAGGAAAGGGAGCAGCUGAGAGGCGCCCGAACAGGUCUAGGUGGUGAGAAUGUGGAGAUGUCUCAAAUGGAUGAUUUUGAACAUACCCCACAGGAGGAUGACUUGGAGUUCAAAGAAGAGGAAGAUUUGGCUGCAGGUCAUGAAGUAGGAGAUGCCUCUCUCAAACCUGAAGGCAUCCAGACCUGGGAUGACUUGUGGGUCCAGAGAGAGGGACCAGGAAAACCUCAGGCUCGAGACAGAGGCCCCCGGCUCCUGGGAGAACCACGCUGGGGCCAGGCUAGUGAUCGCGCUGCUGUAUGUGGCGAGUGUGGCAAGAGCUUUCGGCAGAUGUCGGAUCUGGUGAAACACCAGCGGACACACACAGGGGAGAAACCCUACAAGUGCGGGGUCUGUGGCAAGGGCUUUGGGGAUAGCUCUGCCCGUAUCAAACACCAGCGAACUCAUAGUGGUGAAAAGCCCUACAGAGCCAGACUGCCAGCCCAGGGCCCUCCAAAGAUUCCUAGGUCCAGGAUCCCUGCUGGUGAGCGCCCCACUAUCUGUGGUGAAUGUGGCAAGAGCUUCCGGCAGAGUUCUGACUUGGUGAAACACCAGCGGACACACACGGGUGAGAAACCCUACAAGUGUGGCAUCUGUGGCAAGGGCUUUGGUGACAGUUCUGCUCGCAUAAAGCACCAGCGAACACACCGUGGGGAGCAACCACCCCGGCCCAUGGUGCCCCGGAGGCAGCCAUCUCGAGCAGCCACAGCAGCUGCACAGGGACCCAAGGCCCAGGACAAGCCAUAUAUCUGCACCGAUUGCGGCAAAAGAUUCGUGCUCAGCUGCAGCCUUCUGAGCCACCAGCGCAGUCACCUGGGGCCCAAACCUUUUGGCUGUGAUGUGUGUGGAAAGGAAUUUGCCCGGGGAUCAGACCUCGUGAAGCACCUGCGGGUGCACACUGGAGAGAAGCCCUACCUCUGCCCUGAGUGUGGCAAGGGCUUUGCUGACAGCUCUGCCAGGGUCAAGCACCUCCGCACCCACAGUGGCGAGAGGCCUCACGCCUGCCCAGAAUGUGACUGCACUUUCAGCCUCAGCUCCACCCUUCUCCGCCACCGCCUGACUCACAUGGAGCCUCAGGACUUCAGCUUCCCAGGCUACCCCCUGGCUCCCCUGAUCCCUAGCCCACCCCCCAGCUCAAGCCCACCCCCACCUCCUCUUGGUACCAGCCCCCCACUAACACCUCGAAGCCCUUCACACUCAGGUGAUGGGCCAUUUGGCCUGCCUGGCUUGGAGCCAGAGCCUGGGGGCCCACAGGCUGGGGAGCCACCCCCACCACUAGCCGGUGACAAGCCCCACAAGUGCCCUGAGUGUGGCAAGGGCUUCCGCCGAAGUUCGGACCUGGUGAAACACCAUCGUGUGCACACGGGGGAGAAACCCUACCUCUGCCCUGAAUGUGGCAAGGGUUUUGCUGACAGCUCAGCCCGAGUCAAGCACCUCCGUACCCACCGUGGUGAACAGGCUCAGCCACCAGCACCAUCCACUCUCCUGAGGCCACAUAACCCCCCAGGCCCAGCACCCAUGGCCCCUCGGCCCCGAGUCCGGGCCCAGCCCUCUGGACUCAGCCAGCCCCAUGUGUGUGGCUUCUGUGGGAAGGAGUUCCCCCGGAGCUCAGAUCUGGUCAAACACAGGCGCACGCACACUGGGGAGAAGCCAUACAAAUGUGCAGAGUGUGGAAAGGGUUUUGGUGAUAGCUCUGCUCGUAUCAAGCACCAGCGUGGGCACCUGGUCCUGAGGCCCUUUGGGACAGGGGAUGGUCUGGCAAGGCCCCUCAAAGAGGAACCACCAACAGGACUGGAAUGAUUGGGUACAGGGAGGGUGGAGGAUCAGGAGACCAAAGGGAUGGUAUUUUGCCUAAGCAGAGAAGAAAGGGCCUGGGUGUUGGUGGGAGGGAAAAGGAAAGAAGGUGGGAGGGGAAGAAACUAGAGAAUGGAGUGAAUAGAUAGAGAAUGGAGACAAUGAUCUUGAAGCUCAGGAAACUGCGCCAGCUGGGCUCAGUCAGGACCUAGCCAGUGUGGUCUAUAUCCUCAGCUUCUAGAACACUGCCUAGUAGGCACUCAAUAAAUGCUUGUUGAAUUAAUGGUCUUAGCCUGAAGCCCCUUAAAAGAACCUUAAAUUCCUGCUGCCUCUUAAUUCCUCUCAAUCUACCCUGAGAGACCAGCACCCUGAACCAUAGUUUGUUCAAACCCUAUGAGCUGCAACAAAGAGACUUGGAGUUUAGGGGGAUAGAACUAGGCGGGGGCAUCUUGCUGAUCCUUCUAAUGGGAGUACUGUACGGCAAGCAGUAGCCAGCGUCAGGCCAUUGGACAUGGUCUUAGCCAGGAAGAGCACUUGGACAGAGCCCAGACCUACCUGCCCUGGAGGACCCCAACCCACCCUGACAACUGGACACGCAGAAUAGACCAGAGACAGCAGGAGAAUUCUGCAUGCCAAGCCCAGGUCCUGGUGGCCGUCAACAGAGAUAAAGUGGCUGAAGUGAGGAAAUGCCAGGGAAGCUCCAAGGCCAGACAGCCACAUCUCCAUGUGUUUCCUUGCCAAUAAACUUCUUGU